CAGGCAUCGGGCCCCCAGGCGGAGCGACAGACAUCGGGCCCCCAGGCGGGGCGGCUCGGGCCCCCAGGCAGAGCGGCGGGUGCCAUUGGGCCCCCAGGCGGGGUGACAGGCACCGGGCCACCAGGCGGGGCAGGACAGGCACCGGGCCACCAGGUGGGGCGGCGGGGAGCUGGGCCCCCCCAGGCAGGGCGGCGGGAGGCGGGCCCCCAGGCGGGCGACAGGCAUUGGGCCCCCAGGCGGGGCGCCAGGCACCGGGCCCCCAGGAGGGGCAACAGGCAUUGGGCCCCCAGGCGGGGCGACAGGCAUCGGGUCACCAGGCAUCAGGUCAUUUGGCUCGCCAGCGGGCACCGUGUCAUCUGGCAAGGCAGUGGGCACCGAGUCACCAGGCACGACAGUGGGUCC